ACUCCAUCCGCCAUCUAUCGAAGAAUUCCCAAACUGAAAAACAUCCGGGCACUAUCGGUAAACCCUGUUUAGGGCGAUUCCAGGCAAGGCUGACUAUUUAUUAAUUUCUCUCCCAAUAUUUUGAUUAUCUGAAGCGAAUAGAAUAUUUCUCUUGUUAAUUUUGAAUCCUAAAAAGUAUAUUUUAGCCACUAGCUUCCAGUUAUUAUAUCAAUUGUAAGCAUACUUUCCUUAUUUAUAUUACGCAUUUUACUCUAUAUAUUGUCUUAUAACCCAGAUAACUCAUGGACCAGAAUAAUAUACCAAUGGACGCCUCUCUUUCAACCGUAUCCGGUUUACCAGGAAAUAACGAUAUGUCAUCAUCGAACUACUAUCCACCUAUGCAACAGCAGCAACAGCAAAUGUCUAUGAAUGCACUGCAAUCAUCUCCUGGUGGAAUCAUGCAUUCUCCUCCUUCGAGCGUCUUUAAUAAUGCGGCUGCGGCUGCAGCUUCAUCGAAGCAUAUUUGCGCUAUUUGCGGCGAUAGGGCUUCUGGAAAGCACUAUGGGGUUUACUCUUGCGAAGGUUGUAAAGGAUUUUUCAAGAGAACUGUGCGCAAAGAUUUAACCUACGCUUGUAGAGACGAGCGUAGUUGCGUAAUUGACAAAAGACAGAGAAAUCGUUGUCAGUAUUGCCGAUAUAUGAAAUGUUUGGCAAUGGGAAUGAAACGCGAAGCAGUUCAAGAAGAGAGGCAAAGAGUGAAAGAGAAAGGCGAGGGGGAAGUUGAGAGCACGUCCAGUGCUAAUUCCGAGAUGCCGGUUGAGAAGAUACUAGAUGCUGAAAUGUCGGUCGAACCAAAGAGUGAUACAUAUGUUGACGUUCAAAAAGAGCCAAUGGUAAAUAUUUGCCAAGCUGCGGAUUCACAACUAUUUAAUUUGGUUGAAUGGGCUAAACGUAUUCCACAUUUUGUCGAAUUGCCCAUUGAUGAUCAAGUCACCCUUCUCAGAACCGGCUGGAAUGAGUUAUUGAUCGCAAGCUUCGCUCAUCGUUCCACAGUAAUUGAAGAUGGUAUACUUCUAUCAACAGGAAUGCAUGUCCACCGAUCAACAGCUCAUCAGGCAGGAGUUGGAAUGAUUUUCGAUCGAGUACUUACAGAGUUAGUUUCAAAGAUGCGUGAAAUGAAAAUGGAUCGAACCGAAUUGGGCUGCCUCAGAGCAAUUGUACUGUUUAAUCCAGAUUCCAAGAGUUUACAUGCCGUUACUGAAGUGGAGAAUUUUCGUGAGAAAGUCUACGCCAGUUUGGAAGAAUAUUGUCGAUUACAAUAUCCAGAUGAACCUGGGCGAUUCGCAAAAUUACUAUUGCGUUUACCGGCACUAAGGUCGAUUGGUUUGAAAUGUAUCGAACACUUGUUCUUUUUUAAGUUUAUAGGAGAUACAUCUAUUGAUUCUUUCUUACUCAAUGUUUUAACUUCUCAGACGACCAAUCAUUAA